CGUUUGUCUGUGCUUUUUCUUCCGACUUUGACGUGAAAAUUAUUCACUAGUUGCGAGAACUCAAGAGGUCGACAUCCCGUCGCAACUUGCGCUCGGUGUACGGUUCUUACAAGCCCAGGCUCACAUGUUCGUACUCCUCUUUUCGGUGGAAGAAACAGUUUAUCGCUCGGGCUCUUAAAGGAGGUUGGCCGUGCAUUCGCCAUUGCCCAAGUGUUUGUCAAUGAACCUCUAUUUAUCCUGAGUGGAACAGUCACUUCCGAAUUCAUACAUCGUACGGCUGGAGCCUAUCUGUUCGUAACUCCAGUUUUAUCGAUACUCGAACGGAUAAACGGGAUGCCUUUUGUCCGUUGUCCGUUAAGGGCCUCAUUGUACUAUUGGUCCUCUGAUCCGGAAGGCAAGAUACCAGUCCCCAAAGAAGAUUGGGAGCGGAUUGGAAUCCCCGAGCUUGAAGUACAAAUGUACAUUGGGUCAUUCUGGAACACAGAUGAUUAUGCGGCCAUGCAGGAGUAUUUGACGAUACAAGGCUACGAUUCUUAUAGUUGCGAGAGCGCAGGGAUACCAAAGUAUGAAUCGAUGUAG